AGCAAAACACUGCAGCCCCCCCCCCCCACCUUGGCAACUCGGAGCUGGGAAGACGUCCAAGAGGCUGUGCCUGGGGAUGGCACGAGUGUCCCGGACGCGUCUCCGGAACCUGGGAUAGGUGGAUGUAGAAGGAGCGCGGCACCCAGAGCUUGGCCAGAGUCAGGAGACACGCCCCCACCCAUCUGCUUGGGAGAGACACACAACCGCCUCUUUCUCAGGGAUGCUGAGGAGAAGGCUGUAAAUCAACCAAAAGAAGCCAGAGAACUCAUCCGACUGAGGAAGGGAGAGAGCGAGGUGGGGCUCUGGAAUGAGGUGAACGCUGGGAGAGAUGGCUUCCCGUUCAUGCCCUGCCUAGCAGCAGCUCGCGUUCCAAGCCAGGCCAGGCACGAUGUCCCACUAAACAGCCAUGGAGGACGGAGCCCACAGCGCAGGCCUGCAUCUGCAGCCACUCCCGCCCACCAGCAGCGCCACCGCCACCAGCCUGAGCAGCAGUAGCGAGGCCUCAUUCUCCUACAAGGAAAACUUGAUUGGCGCUCUCUUGGCGAUUUUCGGGCACCUCGUGGUCAGUAUCGCGCUUAACCUGCAGAAAUAUUGCCACAUCCGCCUGGCAGGCUCCAAGGACCCCCGGGCCUACUUCAAGACCAAGACAUGGUGGCUAGGGCUGCUCCUGCUGCUGCUGGGGGAGCUGGGCGUGUUUGCCUCCUACGCCUUUGCCCCACUGUCCCUCAUUGUGCCCCUCAGUGCCGUCUCCGUGAUAGCGAGCGCCAUCAUUGGAAUCAUAUUCAUCAAAGAAAAAUGGAAACCUAAGGACUUUGUGAGGCGCUACGUCUUGUCCUUUGUGGGCUGCGGUUUGGCGAUCGUGGGCACCUACCUGCUAGUGACUUUCGCACCCAACAGUCAUGAGAAAAUGACAGGCGAGAACAUCGCCAGGCAUCUGGUGAGCUGGCCGUUCCUCCUGUACAUGCUGGUGGCAAUCGUCCUGUUCUGCCUGCUGCUAUACUUCUACAAGGAGAAGAAUGCCAACAGCAUCGUCGUGAUCCUACUCCUGGUGGCCUUGCUCGGUUCCAUGACGGUGGUGACAGUCAAGGCUGUGGCCGGGAUGCUGGUGCUGUCCAUCCAAGGCAACCUGCAGCUGGACUACCCUAUCUUCUACGUGAUGCUCGUGUGCAUGGUGGCCACCGCCGUCUACCAGGCCACGCUCUUGAGUCAAGCCUCUCAGAUCUAUGACUCCUCCCUGAUCGCCAGUGUAGGCUACAUCCUGUCCACCACCGUGGCCAUCACAGCAGGUGCAAUCUUCUACCUGGAUUUCCUCGGGGAGGAGGCGCUGCACAUCUGCAUGUUUGCCCUGGGGUGCCUCAUCGCCUUCUUGGGCGUAUUCUUGAUCACCCGAAACAGGAAGAAGGCCAUUCCGUUCGAGCCCUAUAUUUCCAUGGACGCCAUGCCAGGGAUGCAGGACAUGCGUGCAAAAGGGACGACGGUCCAGCCAGACCUCAAAACGUCUUUUUCCUACGGGGCCUUGGAAAACAAUGAUAGCCUUUCCGAGAUCUACACCCCAGCCACACUGCCUGUCAUGCAGGAGGAGCACGGCUCCAGGAGCACCCCCGGGGUUCCCUACCGUGUCCUGGAGCACACCAAGAAGGAAUGAUCUGCCUCCCAUGGGGACAGAACUGCCCACAGGCCAUCCAUGAUUCCGCCACUCACCCUCCAAACUGCCUUCCAAGGAUCCCGGUUUUAAACGGAGAACUCUGAGCAAGAGAAUCUCGGGACGGAGAAGCUAUCCAAUGGCCUUGGCCUUGGAAAUUUCAAAUAGUGGAGGGGAUAUCCCAGGUGGGCUGUGUGGCAGGUUAGCCCAGCGGGGCCUGAAGCCAUUUCACCUCCUUGGACAGUCAGUGAGCAUCAGGUAGUGCUCUCAGGCUACCACACAUUCCUUAGAGUAAAAGCAAGACAGAGGAUCUGCUCCCUCUUUGCAAAUCCAGCGAAAGUCUGGACAUCUCCACACUGGCCUUCCUCUGCCCAUCACGCAUACCUGGUUCACUCAUGAUUCCAUAGCUCUGGUUAUGUUGCUGUCCCUUUUGCCAGGCCCAGCAGGGCCAAACCCUGAAUGGAACAAGCUGUCGUCCACAGCUUGGUGGUCCAUCAUCUGUGCCCUUCCCUGAAGACCCGAUGGUGAGUUUCUGCUGGGCCUGCUCCGGUUACUGGCUUAGUUCCAACCCUGUGGAUACUAUUCCGUUGCUUCCGCCCUCCAAGAAGGCAAGCGAACAGAGGUCGUGGGGGACAGGAACAAGGGGGGGCCUGCCUUCAGCCCUCUCUGUUCAGGCUAGUAAGAAAGGUUCCAGAUAACUUUCCUGUCUAGCCUUACAGAAGAGGUGCCCUCUAGGUCAAGCUACUCUUCCCAGCACACACAGCUCUGGGGAAAAGUUGGGAGCCCUCCUGCAGAUCCACUUCCAUCAUCCUCCCUCCCCCCCCCCCCUCCGCCUCUAUCCUGUCCUUUCAGACCCACUGGCUAAGCUCCAGCUGCUGUUUCUCAGCCUGGUCCAGGCAGAGCAGGCAUUUCCACACACAGGUCUGCAGCUUUCUUCCUGUCUGUUCUGUGACUAGCUUCCCCUCUGGACCAGUAUGCACAUUUGGGAGUGGCAGGCAGAGGCCUGCAGGCUCUGACGGGCAUCAGAACCCCAUAGGAGUUGGUUUAAAAUAUAGGUUCCUUACUCCAACUGUAGCCAUCUGGAUCAGGGGGCCUGGGGUGGGACCCAACAGUGCAUUAUCAGCGGGAAUCACAGGGGAUCUGAGCCCCGGAGGGCAUCCUCCCUCAGAAGCCUCCUCAUGGGCCGCUAAACCCCAAGGGGCCACACACCCCGCCAGAAGGCUCAAACCUCCCUUUUCUUACCCUGCUCUGGGUUCCUAGACAAGCUGGAUAGCCCCGUAGGACCUGCAGCAGUCCCCACCCAGUGAACACCUAAGGUAACAGUGUUAAUAGGUCAGUGUUGAUAGACCAUCCGGGGCAUGGUUCCUCACACCCAAACAGUGCUCCAACUUCAGAACUCCGCCAUCUGCUGCGGAGUCUGUAACCGCUUCCGUAUUUUUGUCCUGACCACGUCUGUAUUGUGGCCUACAAGCCUGAGACUGGCAGAGAGAGGGCCCUUUCAACUCAGCCCAAUGUCGCUAGGUCCUAGACGGUCUUCCUAGGUCCUAAGGGAGUUUUUGCCACAUGUUUGGCACACAGAGCUACAGGCAUCACACCUACUUCUGCCCUCCAGUCCUGCAGCUGGAAAAACACACACCAGGAAUCUUGGGUAGGGCAGGCUGUGCCACAGAGAAGCAUAGAGUCUAUGGCCCUCAUGAGGCUGGGCCCUGAACUCAAAGGGUGUUGAAGUUGGAGGCGAUUUGCAUGCCUUCCUGUGUAGUGGCAAAUACAACUAAGAUUAGAGAGUGGGAGAUCACACCCCGCCCCCAAGGAAAGGGGUAGCAUUGCAAAGCCAGAGAUUAGAGCCAGAGUCAGCAGGGGAGCCAGAAAAGUGAUGACUUUUCUAAAAAAAAAAAAGUGAUGACUUUCCGUUGCGUGGCUUCAAAAGACACGCAACGGAAGUCAAGCAUAGUGGCUCACACCUGUGAUCCCAGCACUUGGGAAACCACUGCCCGCAUUGCCACAAGUUCUAGGCUGACCUGGACUGCCAUGUGAGACCCUGUCUCAAAACAAGAUUAGAUGCCUAAAGAUUCCUGUGUAGCUGGCAGAGGUGUGUAUCCCAGGGGACAUGGGAGCCACAGAGCGCUGUUCUGUGGCAGGGGAGAAAGAUGGAGUCAAAAGUCACCUUCAGGGUCAGGCUCCAGGGCCUAAGAACAAAGAAUUAAGCGAAGACAUAAGCAGAGAAAUCAGGUGUGGCUGAUCUAAGAGGGCACCCAUCCUUUUGGCAUGGUGUGUGCGUCCAGCCUCCCACCCCCCCUGCCCUCCUUCUGUGGGCUGUUUAGCCCUGGCCAGCCAGAGGUACGGGUACGCUGUAACUGCAGGCAUUGAAGAAGAGGUGGACAGUGCCACCCAAAAACUGCUUCCAGGGGCCUGGGCAGCUCCGUGGCUUUCAGGUUGGGGACAGUGACCGCCAUCUUAAGAGCAGAGCUAUGAGAUGAGCAGAAAGGCCUUUGAGCUCUCAAGAGGCAGCAGGGCAGUGAGAGACUUGAGUUUCCACCAUAUCUUAGACUCCCCACUUUGCCCCAAGUGUCACUGGACCGUCAACUGCCAGCAGGGGCCACCCUGAUGUUAAAACAGGGAAGGGAGAGAACCAACUUCCUCCCCACAGGCCUAUUGUCACUCCUGCCUCUCACAUCACCUACCCUUUCCCACCCUCACCCUGAAAACAGGCAUUCAGUAUGCAGCCCAGGCCAGCCUUGAAAUCUCAAUCCUUCUGCCCUGGCCUCCGGAGUGCUAGGAUUCUGGGCAUGCACUUCUGUGUCUGGUUCCCAUCUCAACUCCCCUGGCAAUGUUUAAAGCCACACUGCUGCCCCUCCCCCACAAAGCAUCUCCAACAGGGUCAUCCACAGCAUCAACAUCAUUUGUCCUGUCUUCCUCUCGCCCCUCGCUCCCACUCUGUUCUUUGGGUUCGGUUCCUAGUCCCUGAUUAGACAUUAAAACAAAUGUUCUCGUGGGCUGCUGCUUUCAAAGGGGGAGCCCUGGCCCCACACUACAGGCUGAUGACACCCCCACUUUCAGCACCAGGGGUUGGGGAAUUGGCGUGGAACCGAGUGCUGGUCGGGAGGGGAGCUUGGGAUCCAUGGUUGCCUCUGCCAUGGACCCGGCCAGCUUGACCAUCGGAGGAGGACUGUGCCCUACCCAUCCUGCAGUCUUGCACAUUUCAGAAGCGGCCCAACCCUAACUGACACUGAAGCCGCCGUGUAAACAAAGUCGCUCUAUAGUCUAUGUAGAUGCUUAUAUUUUGUUAACAUCAAAACUAAUACAGCAUGUGUUAUUUUACAGAAAAAAAAUGUGUAUACUGUGUGCAGAUAACAUAAAGUGGUAUUUAAUUCAAAACCCAGACAA